CUUGAGUGGCCGCAAGCAAGCAUGCUUGGGCUAACUGUAUGGCAGAUUUUUGGGGCGAUGUGCUCGGCGACGUUGGUGGUCGAUGCAAUGCUGGAUGCCCCCCAGCAUGACGCUGUCGCUGCAGUGAAAGGGCUUGUGUCCCGCCGCCUGGGCGAGAAAUACGUCGAUCAGUUCUCUUUUGAAGUUAUUCCCGCCAUCGACGAUGGCAAGGACGUGUUGGAGAUUGGAAACGACGGGGGCAAAGUGCACAUUCGCGGCUCCAGUGGCACCGCGCUGGCGUAUGCCGUGCAAUGGUACCUGAAGCAAGAGGUCCACACCCAAACCAACUGGGACGACCACGUUCUUCAACUUCCCGACACGCUGCCUCAAGUGUCGUCGACCGUGCGAGUAGAAAAAGUCUCCAAGUACACGUACUACCAAAACGUGUGCACGGUGAGCUACUCCAUGUGGACGUGGGGAUGGGAAAAGUGGGAGUCGCAUAUCGACUGGAUGGCUCUCAAUGGUAUCAACAUGCCGCUGGCGUUCACCGGUCAAGAAAAGGUAUGGCAAGCCACGUUCAAAAAGUUCAACGUGAGCGACGCCGGGCUCAACAAGUUCUUCGCGGGGGCUUCGUUCCUAGCAUGGGGACGCAUGGGCAAUGUCCGCGGCAGUUGGGUGAAAGGGCCGUUGGCCCAGGAAUUCAUCGACGGCCAGUUCGACUUGCAAGUCAAGAUCCUCGCGCGUAUGCGGGAAUACGGCAUGAUCCCAGCGCUGCCAGCGUUUGCGGGGCACAUUCCCGAGGAAAUCACCCAUUUGUUUCCCCAUGCCAAGACGUAUCGGUCCCCCAACUGGGGAAAUUUCCCCGACACGUACACGAACGUGUACAUGCUGGCGUCAUCCGAUCCGUUGUAUGUCGAGAUCGGGCGUACAUUUCUCGAGGAGCAGACGCGGCUCAACGGCGGGUUCACGUCGUCCUUGUACCAAGCGGACACGUACAACGAGAUGGACCCGUCCUCUGGUGACCACGACUUUCUCCAUGAAGCGUCGAAAGCCGUGAUCGAUUCCAUGACCCAGGCCGACCCCCACGCCGUGUGGCUACUCCAAGCAUGGACGUUCAACCGCGGAUUCUGGGGCCACGAUCAAAUCCAAUCGUACUUGGGCGGCGUGCCCGACGACAAGAUGAUCCUGCUCGACCUGUACAGUGAAACGAUUCCAAUCUGGCCGCGGUCGUCUAACUUUUUCGGGAAAAAGUGGAUCUACUGCUUGCUGCACAACUUUGGCGGCAACACGGGCUUGCGCGGCAACUUGCCCCAGUAUGCCCAAGAGCCCAUCAACGCCCGCCACCAAAGCAACGGAACGAUGGUCGGGAUUGGGCUCACCAUGUAA